AGGGAACGCACAUUUCACUGCAUCACAGAUAUCAAUUAGGACGGAGCAGCAGUUCUAUGAUAAACACUUUCUUACUUCUUGGGGAAAUUGCCAUCUGCUGCAUUUUCGAUAUUUUCACAUAGGCACACACUUAUCUGUGAGAUCAAAUUUUCGAAUAUCGGCUUAGACGAUUUUACAGGAUUGUCCGCUGGCGCAGAACAUGCACUUACCAUAUCAGUGUGUUGCUGCUCUUGGGCAGAGCGGCAUCGUAGCUGCCGCAAGGGGCACCAGCAUCUUCACAUUCGGAGCCGAUGGGUCAGUGCUUUCCUCAUGGGAGCACCCAGCAACGCAGCACCAAGCCACCGCUGCGGAUAAUGCCACAGAAAAUGGCGCUGAUGGCGCUGUCAAAGCGGACCAAGGCGAGACUUCCUCGCCUACCAAGAGACGGAAAAUAGAAACAGAGGCUGGUGUGCAGGCUGUAACCGCGGAUACUCAAGAGGGAAAGGUAUCUGCAGAAGGCGAUGCUAAAGGCAGCGACCAAAUUAAGGCAAAAAAGGGGAGACGUUCCACCAAGCCCUCUGACUACAAAGGUCAAGAACAGCCUCAUGUCAUUAUGCUCCGAGCAACUCAAGAGGGAAGCCACCUUAUUGCUGUGACGGGCACAGACAAGGCUAUCUGGGUUUUCCAGCAUGAUGGCCAGGGGCAGUUGAAGGAGCUCAGCCAGCGGUCUAUGCCUAAACGACCAUGUGAUUUGACCGUAACGUCAGAUAACAACACAAUUCUGGUCGCUGACAAGUUUGGUGACGUUUAUUCAUUGCCUUUAAUACCAUCAGCCAGCUCUGAGGGAACAGAAACCCCGAAGGCUCCUCGGCCGCUGGAAGCCAAGGGUCCCAACAGUUUCACGGUGCACACUCAGCGCAACCUGAAAGCCUUGAUAGACCAGGAGCACCAACGGCAGCACAAUCCACAGCCAAAGACCAAGGAGGUGCCCACAUUUGUACAUGAACUCCUGAUCGGGCAUGUGUCCAUGCUCACCUCUGUUACUGUCGCCUCGGCAGAGGGCAAGCCCUAUAUCAUCACGGCAGACCGUGAUGAGCAUAUACGGGUGUCUCGUGGUAUACCACAGUCUUAUGUCAUUGAGAACUUUUGUCUGGGACACACAGCUUUCGUCAACGCGCUAUGCCUUGCGCGAGAGGACAUCCUGGUGUCUGGAGGCGGAGAUAAUGAGUUAUAUGUGUGGGAUUGGCGGUCUGGUGUCCUGCAAGGGAAGGCGGACCUAUUGAAUCAUGUUCGACAGGUAGUGCCUGAUGCAAGCAAGGUCGCUGUGACUCAGCUUGUAUCAUCAGGAGAUGGUUUCGUGUUUGCUAUUUGCGAGCGGUAAGAGCAUUACAUCUGUUUCGGUGUGUACUUUAUGUUCCGUUCGGCUAACUUCAUACCCAACAGCGUCCCGGCUGUGUUUGCGUUCCGUCUCACUACCGAUGGACUAACAUUCGCACAAACGCUUCGAUUGGCUAGAAACGCUCUAGAUGUUACCCUACUCCCUGCCUC